AACAACAACAUCAGGACGUUUCCCAAGUACCUCCUGGACGCCCCGACCACCCCGCUCACGCUCUCUCUACAAAACAACCUCGCCACGGAGAUCUCCGCCUCGGCCAUCCUCAACCUGCCUAACUACAGCACACUCUACAUCGACACCAUCACCGUCUGGGCAGCGGACGCGCAGGAGGCAGAGGCACUCCGGGCAAAAUCCUGGUUUGGCACCGACCUCGACGGCCUCAUCCAGAUCAGUCCCCAGGAGGGCUGCCCUUCGCACUUCCACGACGUGCUCGGCGUUUGCGUGUUCGUGGAGCCCUUCUUCAGCGGCGACUGGGGGACCAUGAGCUACUUCUGCCGCGAGAUGGGAGCCGAGAUGCUCAAGGUCGCCGAUGCCAACUUCUUCCAGCAACUGCUUCAUAUUCUUCGCACUGAAGGCCUUGACCACCACGACUACUGGCUCGGCGGAAGUGACGCGGCAGAGGAGGGCAGCUGGAAAUGGGCAGACGGGACGGCCAUCGAGCGAGGAAGCCCCUUCUGGGCGACGCAGCUUCAGAAUCCCGAAUCUUACCAAAUUGAACCCCUUGGAGGAACAAUCGAAAAUUGCCUCUACCUUGACAAAUCCCGUUUUCUUUACUUCGAUGAUGGCGAAUGUACUGAAGCAAAAAAUGUGAUUUGUGAGCACCAGGUACCAUGGCAACGCGACGAAAUAUUUAAUCUAAGAUUUGUCCAAUUUAUGGAAGGGGGAAACUUCACAGGGAUGAAAGUUGACUUCAGAAUAUGA